AUGGUCGAGCCUAUGACCCUGGAGAGAGACGCCCCACUUCCCCCCAAAUACUCAAAGUCAUCUUUAUACUGGACUUCAUUCUUCAACGCGUAUCUCAUCUUCUCCUCUUUCUGCGCAAUCGCCGGUCUCAUUAUCAGCGCAGUCUCGCUCCAUAAAGCGAACGAGGUCAAAGCCUUUCAGUCCUCCCGAUCUAUCACGGACUUGGACCGUACCUUCAACAGCACCAUCUACGCCAUCGCAAGCAAUGGCACGUCCAAUCCAGAUUGUGAUGAGGCUCCCAUUGAGCUGAUCACAGGUCAAACUUCGAUUCCAGGUCAAUGUGUCACUGUCACUGCAAGCUAUACAAUGUGGGUGACAAGGCUGGCCGCCAAUUGUGUUCCUAUUGCCUAUGAGAGCGCAAACUGCACAGGAACGGAUAGAGAAAUCGGUGGCAUUAGUGCUCCAUCUUGCGUUGUUGCAGCUGGGGCAUCUGUGUUGGGUGGAGGUGCUGGUGAUUUAUUCGAGAGUUUCAAAGUCUUUUGCUCUUGA